AUGGCUGAAGACAAGAGCCCGGACCAGCAACGCCGUCAGUCAUCGUCGGUGGGUUCUCUGCCUGUUGGGCGCGCUAACGACCAGGGACGUCGGCAGGCGCACGCCGAGGACGCUCGCAACAAGGCGGCCUCUAGCUAUGCGCUGCCCUGCCCGCCGGACUCGAGGCGCCGGCUGUCCCGGGACGUGCUCUCCAAGUCACUCGGGGCACACGACUACCGCUAUGUGCAGCAGGCCUCUCCGGCGGUGGCCUCUGUUGCCACGGGACGCGCAAGCUAUGCGGCGCUAGGUCACUAUCCGCAGGUUGCCAGGGAGUACGUGGCCGGUCCGCAGCAUGCCAAGGGCUAUGGACCGCGCGACUACCAGGCGGGAGGCUACUAUGUGCCUGAGCACCCAUACGUCCCAGGCGUGGUUGCCUAUCCGGCCAUGGGCUCCUACGAUUGGAAGGCAAACGCAGGAUCUCAGCGCGGCACGGAGUUGGCCACCACACAGGACACCAAGGUUCGCCAGCCCGUGGCCACGCACGUGGGCAUGAUGCACCAGGCCGGGGACGUGGCCGGACCGGCCGCAACGGUGGCCGUCAAGCAGCAGGCAUCACCUGGCCAGAACGCCUCAACUGGAGAGGCUGCCGAGUCCGACUGGUCGCCCACUAAGGAGCUCAUGAAGGAGGAUUCGCGCUCUGCCGUUUACUAUGCUGGCACUGCCUCGGAGAGUUCAAGCGAGAACCAUGACAAGCCUGACGAGAGCAGCGGAAGCUCGAUCUCGACGGCUAGCACCAGCGGAUCCAGCGAGAGCUCGGCUGAGUCGGAGCCGCUUCAGCACUCUGUGCCAGUCGAUCAGGCAAUUAAGGCUCCACCGCCGCCUCAGGUUCUCCAGCAGAUGCAGAAAAUGCAGGAGAUGCAACAACUGCACCAGAUGCAACCGCAGCAGUUCCAUCAGCCACAGCCGGCGCGCCAGCAAGAUGACCGGCAGAAGCCUUCCCAACAGCAGGCUCCGCGGAUCAAGGAUCUCCGUGUCGACACAGCGGGUGAGUGA